UUACCAUCUCGCACGUAUGUCAGUCAGCUGAUCUGUUCAUAUGGGAAAAUUUCAAUGUGGCGAAAUCGUGACUUGACAGGUGACGAAAAGCUCACGGUAAAUCUGCGACAAUGUCGAAUCGACCUGGUUAUGUAUAAUGUCUUCUUCGGCCGUUUCGGUAUCGCUAUGCGUAAUUCGUAUCGAAAUUGAUGAUCCACAAUCGAAAGAAAACGCUGACACAAUGGCCUCUAGAAAGAUGAGAGGUUGCAGAGAGCCAAGAGAUAUUACGGUAGAAAGCUAUGCCAGCGUGACGGAGAGACCAAUUCUUUUACUGUCCUCCCAAGGAUCCAGUAAAUCUCAUUCUACAUCCCGAGCUAGUUCGGAAGAAUCGUCGUUCGCUCCUCAAACUCCCACCUCAGCUAUGGCACCGACAGAAACGGACGGUGCCAUGGCAUGCUCAUCACCGGAUCAAAUAAAUUUCUUUUCUGGAAACCCAUUCGUUGAGGUCACUAAAGGAAUUUUGCACUUGUUUAAAGAAGAUGAGUUAACAGAAAUGCAUCAAGCAGCCGAGCGCAGCCACACCAUUUGCAUAUUGUCGGUUCCAGCCACUAUGACUUGUCACGAUCUGCUAACAUUUACGGCAGCCUGCCAUCAGGAUAUCAAACAUUUUCGAAUCUUAAGAGACAGCAGCCCCAAUCAGUAUAUGUCUUUAAUAACGUUUCGAUCCGCAGUGGCAGCCAGUGAAUUCUACGAAACCUUCAACGGAGUACCUUACAACUCGUUGGAACCUGAUGUGGUAUGUCAUCUGGUAUUUGUCUCGAGAGUCGAAGUUGCGGACAAUGGAAUGUCAUUAGCAGGACAUACAGAACUACCAUCGUGUCCAGUGUGCUUAGAAAGAAUGGACGAAAGUGUAGAUGGAAUAUUAACUGUUCUGUGCAAUCACACAUUCCACUCCAGUUGUCUUCGUAAAUGGGGUGACAUGACUUGUCCUGUCUGUCGAUAUGCCCAGACCCCAGAACCACUAGCCGACAGCCACUGCAUGGAGUGUGUUGUCGGAACCAGCACCGAGGCUCUGUGGAUCUGCUUGAUAUGUGGCCACAUCGGUUGCUCUCGUUAUCACCAUGGCCAUGCUUUCGAGCACUAUCAGGAUACUCACCAUUGUUACGCCAUGCAGCUCGGCAACAAUCGAGUCUGGGAUUACGUUGGAGACAAUUUUGUCCACCGUUUGCUUCAGGACAAGGAUGGUAAAAUGGUAGAGGGUGGAAGAGAGCCUACUAAGAGCGAAGGAGCAGCUGUCGAUGAAAAAGUUGACUCCGUACAACUGGAGUUCACUUACCUACUUACUUCGCAAUUGGAGACGCAGAGGCAGUACUUUGAAGAAAGACUCAAUAGACUGGAGCAACGCACUGUCUCCGAGACCGCUGAAUUACGUGACAAAUUAGACCAGAUUGUGGAGGAAAAUACCAAAUUCAAGGAACAAUUAGCAACUCUCAGCAAAGAGAAGCAGACUCUAGAAAGGAAGCUGCAACACACGAGCACCAAGCUGAAUCAAGCUCAGUCGGAUCUCUCUGAAGAGAAGGACUUGAGAACGGCUCUUCAGCUUAACCAAAGCACGUGGCAAGCGAAGCACAAACAACUACAAACGGAAAUCGGGGAAUAUAAAGAUACAAAAGAGGCUGAAUUGACAGAUCUGCGGGAACAGAUUCGCGACCUCAUGUUCUUCUUGGAAGCACAGAAGACGAUUGAAAAUUCGGCCGAUAGGGAGGAAAUAGCUUCCGGUCGAAUAGUCAUCGGACAGAAUGCAAGUGCUUCGAAAAGCACGGCCAGCUGUCAAAACUCUAAGAGACGCAACAAAAAACAUUAGGAAUAGAAGCGAGUCUAAGAUUUCUGCUAUCCUUGAAAAAUCAUGAUUCAAAGAAAAGAAAAGAAGAGGCAGCCCUCGAACAAUCUAAUACCAGUAGACAAGAUAUCCUUUUGUUUAUAAAUACAUUUUAUUGUAUUAACUUAUAAUCAAAUCACUUAGACGUUUUUGUUUCGCCAUGAUGCAAGUCUUAAACGAACAGAAAAAUACCUAAAACUACUGUAUAGAUCACUAUGUUUACUGUACAAUAUUUAUUUUUUAAUUGUUUAACGGGUAAGAAUAGAUCUUUGUAAUAUUAUGUUGUGACUGUAAUAUCAUAAGUUACACACAGUUAGAAAAUUGCGUAACGAAUUUUAA